GCAAACACAUAGACAUUUGGCAAAAUCUCAGUCUCGCAAUCAGUCUAGCUCUGAUGAGUCUUGGACGUUAAUUACUGUAUCCUCAGCGAAAAAGUAUAGCUCCUGAUUGCGUAUGGCAGAACAACGGUCUCUACGUGAAUCCAUCAUUUGAAGUCCGUUGUUUGGGAAGGAAGGGUAGAAGAUCCAAGAAUGCACUGAUAUGUUUACAAGCUCGGAUGGACUCGACAGGCCGUUGAGCGAAACGCUGGUGAGCUUUAAGGUGUGCUGUUGAUUCUCACAUACAGGCCGAAUCCCCGACUUUACCAUGAAGAUCUCUGGGACUUCACUCGACCUGAGUGCCACAGACUAUGGAAUAACCCUGGAUCCUACAUUCACCAUGCUGGAGUUUGACGGUCUACGUGUUCUCCCCGUACAAACAGAUGUCCAUUCUUUUUCCAAUGAAGAGCCACUAAUUCCAGGACACGUGCCUGCGUCAGUGCCGGUGGCUGUGCCGCAGCAGAGCGGCGUCAAUCUCUGUGCUAUCUGCGCAGACAGAGCUACAGGGAAACACUACGGCGCGUCCAGCUGCGAUGGCUGCAAGGGCUUCUUCAGACGCAGCGUGCGCAAGAACCAUGCCUACACAUGCAGGUUCAGCCGGCAGUGUGUGGUGGACAAAGACAAAAGAAACCAAUGUCGCUACUGCAGGCUUCGAAAGUGCUUCAGAGCCGGCAUGAGGAAAGAAGCUGUUCAGAACGAGCGUGAUCGUAUCAGCUGCCGUAGAGAAGGUCAAGGCGUCGGGACUCUCACCAUUGACGUGCUGAUGCAGGCGGAGGCUUGCACUCAUCAGAACCAGAAUCCCAUGAGGGACAUCAACACCAAGAAGAUCGCCGGCGUGGGAGACGUGUGUGAAUCCAUGAAACAGCAGCUACUUCUCCUCGUGGAGUGGGCCAAGCGCAUCCCUGAGUUCUGUGAGCUCUCUGUGGAUGACAGGGUGGCCCUCUUAAGAGCCCACUCCGCUGAGCACCUCAUCUUAGGGGUGGCACGACGGUCACUUCCCUACAAUGACAUCAUACUGCUGGGAAAUGACUUCAUCAUUCCUGUUCGAGGAACCGAGCAGGAGAUGUCUAAAGUAGCCACUCGUAUCCUGGAGGAGCUGGUGAGGCCUCUGAAAGAGCUGAACAUCACAGACACCGAAUUUGUCUGUCUCAAAACCAUUGUCUUCUUCGCCCCAGACUGUGUUGGACUGCAUUGCUCUCAGGCCGUGCGCCGCCUGCGAUUCCAGGCCCAGGUGCUGCUCGAUGAGGCCACGAGCGAGCAGCGAGGCCGCUUCGGGGAGCUGCUGUUGUUGCUGACCACGCUCCAGAGUGUUGCCUGGCAGAUGGUGGAGCAGCUGCAGCUGAUGCGUCUCCUGGGCAAAGCCAACGUGGACAGCCUGCUGAUGGAGAUGCUCCUGGGAGAAGAAGCGAACCGAGGAUCUGAAGCACUGCCGGCCUCAGAGCCGAAUCCUGAGCCGCUUAUAUUCACCGCAGCUACAGAGUCCGUCCUCUCCAGAGGCAUACUGACGGAGCACAUCCCGAUGCCUAACUUCACAUCCGUGAUCCUUCCUGUACCCUCCUCAGCUUUGUCCGACGAUCCCCUGCUCCCCACACACACCGGGCCCGAUGUCUUCACACAUGGACAAGCAGCAGACAUGCCAAGAGAAAUGUCCAACAGUCUCGCCAUGCCGACCGUCCACACGUGCCUUUAACCACAUGUGUAAAGGUCCUCAGUUAAAAAGACAUGAAUAGCUACUUACGACCUCUGCUAAUAAACACAUAAAACUGAGGACAAGGAGUCAUUAUAUUUUACGUAGAUCGAGUGGGAUAAUGCUUAAUAAUAGUGUUGAAAUCGAACAGUGUUAAAAAAUGUAAUGCGAGUGAAAAAUUAACACAAUAAACGGUCUCCAAGCAGUAUAUAAAUAUUUUGUAUGGAGAUCACAGGUAAAUGAUUGUCUAAUUUAUUGGAUGGUGACAUGGCAGGGCGCGUGCAUAAACAUUACAGUUCAACAACUCUCAUGGGUUCAUGGUUCAAUCAGAUACCAGAUGUCAAACACAUGAGGGCUGGUCUGCCAUGUAGAAAAAGGGUUGCAUGAUUUUUUUUUUUUUUUGAAUAUAUCAUCAGAGACUUUCUCUAGGCCUUAAAUGGGGUUAUCAUUUGUUAUCAUCAUACACUGUUAAAAUUAUUUCGUUUUUGUUGUUGUAAAUAAAGCGCAAUGUUGGAGUAGAUUUUACAAGAAAAUACUUUAUAUUAGUUUUUGUACUUAAAUUAAAUUCACAUUUAAUUUAGUGUAUUACUUGCCGUUUCUUUGUAAUUAUUUGUGAAAUUUACUAGCAAUGUCUAAGUGAAAAUUGUUGCAAAGAAAAAACUUCAGUCA